CCGUUGAGAUAGACGCAAGAUUCAAGAAAAAAAACCCGUGAACGUGAUCCGCGAUCGGUUGAAAGCCUUGCCUUGCCUUGCCUUGCGUCUUAGCAAUUGUUCAGUUUUGUGACUGCGCCUGCAUUUCACUCCCUAAGAGUGCUAUGGAAGGUCCAACUUUGCUCUCUAUGGUGAUUUCGGUCACCGUUCUGUGGUUUCCUGUGGCAAGCGGCUUCGAAUUCGCCGUGCACUUCAACAUGAGUGAGUAUUGGCAAAUGCCGGCUCUGUUUCAGUACGAAAGCAUCGAAGGCUGUCUGCGAUUUAAUCCGGCUGGAGUUUUCUGUAUUGUGAAAAGUGUGGUAAAACCCGACGGCCGUUCGCAGGUUUGGAACGCUAUUGAAAAAUAUUCCCAAUAUCCAUAUCAGUACCAGCAUAGCGUACUGACUCGAGGAAUUUGUAUGAGGCAGUGUGAAGAGUUAGUGGAAACAUUAUCCGAUAGCCAGAAGGCACUCUUCUUCCAACCAAAGUUCGACGUGGAGUAUAAGUACAUUAUAAAUGACUGGUUAUUAUCUGACAUUGACAAAUAUCGACAACAAUACGGUAAGCUAGUGAACAUUUGCCAAAACUAUCGAAUGCAGGCUAAAUACAAUGUGAGUGUAUACUCAGAGAUAGAACAUUGUACAACAAAUACAACCAGGGCAGCAGACUAUUUAGAUAUCGCGUUCUACGCAACCAUCGUGGCGAUCGCAAUUCUCGCCACCGCAUCCAGUGUGUAUGACUCCUGGCUGGCGAAGGAUCACAAUCACUAUCGAACACCUCUGAAUGGAAAAAAGACAAACCUGCUUACUGCCUUUUCCCUGCGACGAAACAUCAAUCGACUAACGAUCAAGCUGAACACCGAUUCUAUCCAGCGGGACCUUCGCUUCCUGGAUGCUGUUCGUGUACACGUAAUUACAACAAUUACCGUUAGCCACGUGAUUAUUGGUCUCGGUAUGACUACCAGCCAGAAUCCAGAAGUGAUGGAAAAGCUUCUAUCCAAGCCGGAAAUUCAAAUGUUCAUAUCGAUAGUUCCAUUCGAGGUGGACGUUUUUUUCGCCAUUAGUGGACUUCUGUUGGCGGUGCAUUUCAUCAAAUAUACCGAAGGCAAGCGAUUCGGCUUCAAACCAUUUUGGAUGGGGGUGGUGAAUCGAUAUCUAAGAUCCCUGCCAGUGUACGCUUUGGUGAUGUUGUUCAGUACCUCCGUCUACGAUCGAUUUCAGGUUAGUCCUUCGGCGUACAAAAUUAUGCCGAUGGUUAGAACGAUUUGCCGUGACAAAUGGUGGAUCAACUUUCUAUUUGUUAACAACUAUUACCGACCAGAGGAGCAGUGUCUCAUUCACACAUGGUAUCUGGCGGCUGACUUCCAACUCUUCAUCGUUGGUUUGACGAUACUGAUGGUGCUCUGGAAAUGGAAAAGCGUGCUGAGACCAGUCAUGUAUGUCCUUCUUACCUGUGGGGUCGUUUUACCAAUGUUGAACGUUUAUUUUAACUCGAUGGACGCCAUGAUGCUGUUAACUCAUAAGGGUAGCGCCUUCCAACUGUGGUAUGAUCAAUGGUUCACGCGAACUUAUCAGGCGACGGAAACGCACUGUCUGUGUUACUUUGCAGGGAUGCUGGUCGGCAUCAUCUACCAUAAAAUGCAGAAAGAUGACUUGCUACUGGCGAAGUCGAAGCUCUACAAAACGCUUCAGUAUGUGACGUUUCCUCUACUGGUGCUCUUCUGUUUACCGGCGCCGCUUUUCCAGCACUUCAGCUUUAGCAAACCUUCCGUGUGGAUGUCUUUCUACGCCGGAGUUCACCGAUUGGUGGUUACUUGUUUUGUGAACAUUGGUUUUCUGCUGUUUAUGUUUGCUGAACGAGACAGCCUGUUUGGGAAACUUCGGAGAUCCAGUCUGUUGGAGAAUGCUUACUACAGGGUGCUUGGUAGACUGAGCUUCGGAUUUUACUUGAUUCACAUGAACGUCAUGAAAACGGUUUAUGGCAAUCAUCAUGAAGCUUUACGGAUAUCCUAUGGGAUUGUGAUUAGUGUGUUCUGUUCAGUAACUUUGAUUACUUACGUCCUGUCGUUUAUGGCUUACAUUCUGGUGGAGAAACCAUUCGAUAUUAUCUUCAAACAAGUUCUAGGAGGUGGAACCAAAGAUGGUGCAACAAAAGGAGCUCACAUUUCCGCCAACUGCCAAGCCAAUAACAACAGCGACUUCAACCACAUCAGCAGCAAGCGACAAACCUUAACGGCGAUGGCGCAAACAAGGUGUCGCUUGCGAUUUCGGCAGCAGGCUCAGUUUACUUCUAUGUUUCGGGUCGUGCGCACGUUUAGCAAAAUGGUUCAGAGUGCUCUGCUGCUUUCGAUUGUGAUUGCGAUCGUCCUCGGUCGCCGUUCUACCGUAUCGGGCAUGAAUUUAACAUUCAAAUAUGAUCUGGAUGAAUACAGGCGAAUGCCGGUCCUACACCAGUAUGAUAGUUUCGAGAGCUGCAUGCGGUCCAAACCGUUGGCAACGUUUUGUGUGGUGAAAACAGUGGUGAAACCAAACAACCAAUCGGAGCUCUGGAGAAUCAUGGAAAAAUAUUCCCAACACCCCUACCAAUACCGUCACAGUGUGCUCUCCAGAGGGAUCUGCGUGGAACGAUGUGAAAAAUUAGUGUCUGACAUGAGUGUUGCCCAGAGGCAAACAUACUACCAAAGAAAGUUUGAUGUUAAGUUUAAGUACAUUACAAACGAUUGGUUGCUGCCAAACAUUGAAGCGUACCGGCAGGAACAUGGAUUCAUCAUCAACAUUUGUGAGAACUACGAGCUACAAACCAAAUAUAAUCUAACAGCCUUCUCGGAAAUAGAACACUGCACGACUAAUGACUUAGUUACGAGACAAUUCGAUAUUUGGGAUAUUCUAUUCUGGUUGGUGCUUAUUUUUCUUGCGUUGUUGGGGAUCUGUUCCACCUACUGCGAUGCCAAACUAGCAAAAAAGGGAGACCACGCCUACUACCAGAAACCGCUGAAGGAUAAGAAGUCCAACCUGUUAACUGCCUUCUCGAUUCGAAGGAACAUUCACCGUCUCACGGAAGCACCAGGUGACAGUCAGUUGCAACGAGAUCUCAGUUUCCUGGAUGCACUACGAGUCUUUGCCAUGGCCGUUGUGAUCUACUCCCAUGUGCUGAUAGGCCAACGAAUGGUUACCAAUCAAAAUCCAGAACAGGUCGAAAUCGCCGAUUCGACCCCUUUGUUGGAAAUCAUCGCUUCCAUCUGCCCUUUCACGGUUAAUAUUUUUCUGGCCAUUAGUGGUCUGCUUCUGGCAUUGUUUUUUGUUAAAUAUACCGAGAACAAACGGUUCAAUAUAAGUCACCUCUGGUUGGGCCUGGUUAAUCGAUAUUUGCGAUCGUUUCCGGUUUACCUUGCCGUAAUGCUCUAUGUGGUUUCGGUGUCCGAUUUGCUGCAAUUCAGUCCCUCGGCCUAUCGGUUCAUGGUAUUAUCGAAAGCCGUCUGUCGGAAAAAAUGGUGGAUCAAUUUCCUAUACAUUAGCAACUACUAUCAACCGGAGGAGCUUUGUCUGAUCCAUACCUGGUACCUGUCAGCAGAUUUUCAACUCUUCGUAAUCGGUUUGGUGGCGAUGAUGGUCAUGUGGCGGUUUCCUCAGUCCUACAAGUGGCUCAUGGGAGUACUGUUCGGCAUUGGAUUUGCAGCUCCAGCCAUAAGGACAUACAUUUACUCACUGGAUGCCAUGAUGCCAAUAUCGAACAAAGGGCACAGUUUGCGCCUGUGGUACGAAAGAUUGUACAUAGAUUUCUACCAAACAACCGAUGUUCAUUGUGCCAGUUACUUCGCCGGAAUGUUCGUGGGCAUAAUCUAUCACAGAGUGCACAAAAACGCAAAGCUUCUCAGAGAGUCGCAGCUAUUCAAAAUCUGUCAAUAUAUGGUCAUUCCACUGUUGGCAAUAUUUUUCCUUCCGGCUCCCAUUUUCCACCAUCUGGAUUUUCCGAAACCCUCUCUCUGGAUGGGAAUUUUCGCCGGAAUGCACCGGUGGGCCUUCGCCAUCUGUUUGGGGGUGAUCUUUCUGGUGUACAUGUUCAGUGCCUCGGGGACGCUGUUCGGAUGGCUUCGGGAAUCCCGAAUUCUGCAAAAUAGCUUCAUCCGGGUCUCGGGACGGUUGAGCUUCAGUAUCUAUCUGAUACACAUGAGUGUCCUGGAAGCGGUGCUGGCCAACCAUCACGAAGCCAUGCGACUUUCGGCUGCACUAGCGAUAUCGGUUUUGUGUUCGGUGACGUUAAUUAGUUAUUUCUUAGCGUUUUUGGCAUUCGUUUUCAUCGAGAAACCGUUUGACAUUAUUUUCAAACAAUUGCUGACGGCUGGCUCUCGAAACGUAGAAUCACAGAAGCCGAAGGAAAUUGAGAGUUCUAACAGCAACGCGUCGAAACAGAACUUGAAGGUAAGAGUUAAGGUUUAAAAGUGUAUGUUUUCUAGAAAUAAACGUGUGCGCUACUCACAUA